AUGGAUGGGGAGGAUAGUUUUGUGGCUCUGGUCCAUUGCUCUGGAAAAAUUCAAAAGAGCAAACGCCACGGUGUGAAAUUCACAGAUAGAGAACCAGUUAGUAUUUUUAUUCGAUCUUCAAGUACAUUGACAGAGAUUAAGCUCAGCAUACUACAGAAGCUCGGUACCUGUGGUACGAAGCAGGUUAAAAAGUUGUUUUACAAGAUUCCCAUUACUGUUGUGUCAACCGGCGUGCGGUUUGAGACCUUUGUGAUUGGGUCGGAUGAAGACCUGCAGGUCUUGUUUCACUGCAGGCGUAGUUUUCCGGAGGUGAGGAUACCUGAGAUGUUUGCGAAGUUAGAAGAUCGUGUGGAUAGCUCUGGGGCAUCAACACCGGGUCCUCAGUCGACCACACGGGGCAGUGCAUCGACAUCACUGCCUGUGGUAGCAGCGGUAGUUCUACCUCCCGAGGCAGAUACUGAGGUUGAGUUUGAGGUUGGACCGGAUCGAGUUGAGAAUGCGCUUUGUGAUGAUGAUUCCGAUGAGGAGCCGCUCGAUAUUGGUGGGGACAGUGAAGAUGAUAUACCAAUAGGUGCAGCCCAUGGAGGUUCCGGUUCUGCAACACAAGAGUACCCUCCGCACCUGUCGUCUUUGAACUUGGAGGCCAUCGGUCAACACCAGAAUGUUGAGGCAACAUUCGAUGGACAGGGUAUGCAUGAUGGGACAGGUUUGACUGAAUUUCAGAUUGGCCAAUUGUUCCAGAGUAAGGAGGAAGCUGUGCUGAGCGUGAAAGAUUACAGCAUUCGGCGUGGAGUUGAGUACAGGGUUAUGGAGUCAGACAGUCUAAAAUACCAAGGGAGAUGCAAGGAGUUCGGUAACGGAUGCACGUGGUUGAUCCGGAUAGUCAUGCGAAAAAGGAAGAGCACAUGGGAAGUUAGGAGGUACAACGGACCACACACGUGUAUGGCCACAUCGAUUUCGAGCGACCACAGGCAGCUUGAUUAUCAUGUGAUUUGUGCAAGGAUUUUUUCAUUGGUUAGAGCUGAUGCGUCGGUUUCGAUUAAGGUGUUGCAAGAGGCAACAGAGGCAACAUAUGGUUUCAAGCCAAGUUAUCGGAAGGUGUGGUUGGCAAAGCAGAAGGCAGUAGCACAGAUCUACGGCGAUUGGGAGGAGUCAUAUGCGGAUCUGCCCCGCUGGAUCCUUGGGGUCACGUUAACCAUGGACGGUUCCGUUGCUCUACUGAAGACCUCCCCGGUUAGAGUAGGUGACCAGGUUGAUGAAGAAAGAGUCUACCUUCAUCGCAUGUUUUGGACAUUCCCUCCAUGUGUUGAGGCAUUCCGCCACUGUAAGCCACUCGUUAGCAUCGAUGGGACACACUUGUAUGGUAAGUAUGGAGGGACGUUGUUGUUGGCGAUUGCUCAGGAUGGGAAUUCGAAUAUUUUGCCUGUUGCGUUUGCACUAGUUGAGGGGGAAAAUGCUGAGUCUUGGUCAUAUUUUCUGUCCAAUCUUAGAAGACAUGUUACUCCACAGGAAGGUAUUCUCGUCAUCUCUGACAGACACAACGGCAUCAAGGCUGCGCUGGAGUCACCAGAUAGUGGUUGGCGACCUCCGCAUGCUUAUAGGGCAUUUUGCAUUCGGCAUGUUGCUGCAAAUUUUGCCCUUACCUUCAAGGGGCAGGAUGUCAGAAGGUGGCUGGUUAACGCCGCUUAUGCAAAGACGGAAGCAGAAUUUGACUAUUGGUUUGAUAUAAUGAGGUCAGAGAACCCAGCCAUGUGUGAUUGGGCAAACAGGAUGGAUUAUGAGAUGUGGACACAGCACAAGGAUGGGGGCAGACGAUAUGGUCACAUGACGACCAACAUUUCUGAGUGUGUGAACUCUGUUUUGAAGGGCACAAGAAAUCUACCAGUCACGUCCUUGGUUAAGUCCACCUAUCUUCGCCUUGCUGAGUUGUUCGUUGUCCGGGGGCAGACAGCAGAGGCACAGUUAGGAUCCGGUCAAAGGUAUUCGCAGGCACUUAUGAGGGCAAUUGAGCGUAACUUGAAAGAUGCGAGGUGCUUCACUGUGACUGUUUUUGAUAGGCAUCUACUUGAUUACACGGUGGCUGAGACUACCCCCACAGGCAGAUUCUCACUUGGUUGCUACCGGGUUUCCCUAAGGGAUCGUACUUGUGACUGUGGUAACUUCCAGGCACUACACUACCCGUGUUGCCAUGCCAUCGCAUGCUGUGCGCAGUCACGGCUAGAUUGGGCAACAUAUGUUGAUGAAGUUUACAGCAUGUCUGAGGUGUUUAAGGUGUAUCAGAUGUCUUUUGCACCCUGCAUACCAGAGGGACUUUGGCCCCCAUAUGACGGUCCGAUCGUUAUACCCGAUCCAAAUAUGAGAAGAGCAAGAGAAGGACGACCUAGGUCCACCCGCAUCCGAAACACCAUGGACGAAGCUGACACCAGCCGACCGAAGCGUUGUGGUUUGUGCAGGCAGCCCGGUCACACCCGAAGGGGUUGCCCUCAGCGAGGUUCUAGUAGCGGCAUCUAG